AUGGCCGAAGACGUUAUCUGGGUUGACCUCCGGCCAACGACCUGCCGCUGCCGUCCAAUAAAAAGACUCGCCGCGUUUUACCGCAAUUGCUAUCAAAAUGAUAUGCAAAUCGAAUUGCGGAUCGAGUUUCGGUGGGGGAGAUUUUGACGUGGUGAUUGACAUGUUUUGAGCUGGAGGAGGUGGCUCCUGCCAGGCCGUUUGAUCGCGGACGAAAGGUGGUGUAAUUGCGUAUUGUUGCGGUUUGGGGUUUCUCAAUGAGAAGAAGGAUGUCCAUUCUACUUUGAAGCCAAGAUCUAAGUUUGAAUUUCUGAAGAAACUAAAGAUUUCAAAAAACAAAAAAUCGAAGUAGAAACUUUACAGUUCUUUGUAAAAAGUUCCUGUGGACAAUUAAAAAAUGUAGAGAACACUUACACUACAGAUUCCAUAGCAUCAGGAGCCGAAAAUUGCUCUUAAGUUCUGGAAUCGAAUAAAUUUUCAAUUAAAGAGCGCCUAUCCAAAAUUAACUCAGUUUUUCUCGGGUCUCUGACAAAGUCGGAAGUGCCGAACACUGUCGCAAAAAAGGCCGAAAAAGGACCCUUCUGUCGCCUUUAUAGAGCCUCGAAUUCCCGCUGGAAUUUCAAGGUUAAGGAAAAGAUAGGAAAAGGCAAAGACAGUAAAAAGAAUUAAUAGAGAGCUCAACAAAGGGGAUUUAUCAACCUUUACUGGCUUUCGUGAAACGUCACGAGAUUCUCUAUGAUAUUAGCGUUUCCCAAGAAUCGUUUUUUUUCAUGAGAAAGUCGACUAAUUCUUUUAUAAGCUUAUUAAAAUUGUAUUGUCUCAUCGGCAAAACCAAUACCGAAUAAAGAUGCAGAUUUUCCGUUCGUGACUCUAAUCUCCUGACCGUUCACGACACUGGCCGUCUAAAAAAGUUAUUAUCAAUUAUAUGAAUCUUAUGAAACUAGAAAAAUUUUCUUGAUUAAACAACUUUCAAGUCAUUUUCUAUGAUUUAAAAAGGAAAUCCUCAUCCAAAAGUCUCCUCUUUCCACUGUACUUUAGCGGAAAAUGCUUCCGCAUCAGUACAACAACUCGAGAAGACGUGCGAACCUCAUCAGGAAGGGGAAAAGUUGGUAAAUGGCGGCGGCACGGCGUCGAAUUUCAAAGGCAACGUCGAGGCCGGACCUUGUGCCACAAUCGUUUAUUGUGGCGGCCUUCGGGAGUGA